AUGUCUCAACCAACCACAGAUUUCGAAAAGGGCGGCCUCGAGCGCAUCGAGGCCUCGGAGACAAGGUCCGACAUCGAAUCACGAGCUGACCCCCAGCAUCUCGAGAAGACGCAAACCCACGAGACUCUCGCUGCCGUCGAUAUCGAAAAUCACCAAGCUUUCAAAGGCGAUGAUUCUGAUGGCAAAGUCGCUUGGACUGUAAAGAAGUUGUUAGCAGCCGCCUUCUUGUCAAUGCUGUAUUCCGGUCAGUACCCUUCAAACACAUGAGGCUCAUAUUCAGACGCGACUGAAGGCUCUCCAGGAAGUCAGAUCCCACUCUACUUCACUGGAGGCACACUCACGUUCAUCGCGGAGGACCUACAUGCUCAUGAUGUUAUUGGCUGGCUUCCUGUAGCCAACACACUCGCCAUUGCUGCAGUAUCUCCCUUUCUGGGCUAUCUCCAGGAUCUGUUUGGAAAACGAUACAUUGCCCUCUUCGGUGCUACGCUCCUCUGCGUCGGAUGCAUCGUUCUCGGCACUGCUCAUCACUUGGGGCAAGCCCUUGCUGGUAUGACGCUCGCCGGUGCCGGAGCAGGAGUCGGUGAGCUGACUGCAUUGGCUGGACUUGCUGAGACCGUGCCUGUGAAGCAACGUGGGUAUUCGCUGGCCAUUCUGACAGCCUUCGUUCUGCCCUUCUGUCCCUAUGUGAUGUAUUCGCAGCUGUUCUCCACCCGCACUGGGGAGGGCUGGAGGUGGGGAGCCUGGAUCUCACUGUGAGCAUGGCUGAACCCAUAUCGUGUACUCGCAAGCUGACAUAGUGUGAUAGCAUCUACAACGGCAUCACGCUUCUGGGUCUAGGUGCUGUCUAUGUUCCACACGGCCACCGUCGUGCCGAUGGAUUGUCUCGAAUUGCCGUCCUGAAGCGCAUCGACUAUGUCGGAGGGUUUCUUUCGAUCGUCGGUCUGACACUUUUGUAAUUCUCAUGUUCCCAGAUAGGGUUUGGUCCGCUGACAAUACGCCCUCAAUAGCCUCGUUGCCCUCCAAGCAGGCGGUUACACUCACCCAUGGACCUCAGCAUACACCCUUUGCACGCUUCUCAUUGGUAUCGCAUUACUUGUUGCUUGGUUCGUCUGGGAGUGGAAAUUCGCCAAGCACCCCAUGGUACCUUUCGAACUCUUCAAAGGCCAGCGUGUCGUUGCGCCGGCUUUUGCGGUCGUCUUCGUCGCCGGUAUGAAUUUCUUCUCUCUGUUGAACUUCUGGCCUCUCACCAUCACCAAUGUCUGGAAUCCGGAGCCAAUCGCCGUCGGCUACCGCGGUCUUCCGGUCGGCUUGGCUACCGCCGUCGGUGCGAUGUUCUGGAAUGCUCUUCUCUCGACCUGGCGAGGCCGCAGCAAUUAUGUGCUAUUUCUGGCCGCACUCAUGCUUACUGCCUUUGGCGGGUCACUGGCCAGUAUGAAUGCGGAGAACGUCUACCAAACGGUCACCUUGGGCUCCCUUGCGGCCUUUGGUCUUGGAGGUGUGCUCGUACCGGCUGCUACCGUUGCCAUGAAUGCUUGUCCCGAUGCGCUCAUUACGACGUGCGCCGCACUGUCACUCUCGGUUCGUGCAGUGGGCGGUGCGAUCGGAUACUCCAUCUACUACAGCAUCUUUGUCAAGAGACUUACCAAGAGACUGCCCGUCCUUGUUGGACAGUAUGCGGUCAAGGCUGGACUGCCUCCUACCAGUGCGCAGCUGUUUGUCCUCACGUACCUCAACGUCCCCACCAAAAACAUGACGGUUCCCGGUGUGAAUCAGGCGAUUCUGGUUGCUGCUCUGGAGGGCUAUCAGUGGGCCUACGCGGAGAGCCUGCACCUCGUUUGGUCAGUCCAGGUUGUGGCCCUUGCGGGGGAAUCAGUGCUGAGGUUCGUCCAGGUAUACUUCCGUGGCCUUUGGUGUCUGCGCAAUGGCAUGCGCUCUUCUGAUUCCGAAUACCAAGCGAUUCGAGACCAACAGAAUCGCCGUUGCAUUGUAA